GGGAUUUAAAUCUAAAAUGGCGUCAUCUGGCAUGAUACUAUCAUAAUCGAAAGCUUGCGUGCCCGGUAAUUUGGCAAGAAAAAACCGUUAAAACUCCAUCGCAAAUUGACAACUCCGCGUUAAAUCUCGCAGUUUUCAUCGCGAAAAAACGCGUGUGAUAUCGUGAAAAUGUCAAAAUCAGAGGAAGGAGGUGAACCCGGUGACAAUGGUGAAAACUCCAACGAGUCCUCAGGUGAAACAUCAUCGUCUCGUGGCGGUGACUUCGAGACUAAAUUGGAGACAGAUCGUUCCAAGCGUUUCGACUAUCUCCUCAAACAAACCGAGAUAUUCUCUCACUUUAUGACCAACAACCAGAAGGACAAAGCAGGGAGUCCACUGAAAGUGCGUCCAGGACGUCCACGAAAAGUUCAGCCAGAAGCCAACCUCAAACCCACAGACAAUGCCAGUGAUCACAGACACAGAAAAACCGAGCAGGAAGAGGACGAGGAGCUUUUGGCAGAGAGUAAUGCAAGUGUAGCACCCACAACACGAUUCGAGGCAUCACCCCAUUACGUUAAAUCCGGGGAACUGCGAGACUACCAGAUUCGAGGAUUAAACUGGAUGAUAUCUCUCUACGAAAAUGGAAUUAACGGAAUUUUAGCUGACGAGAUGGGUCUCGGUAAAACCCUUCAGACAAUCUCCCUCCUUGGGUACAUGAAGCACUUUAGGAGCAUCCCAGGGCCUCACAUUGUCAUUGUACCAAAGUCCACACUAGCCAAUUGGAUGAAUGAAUUCAAGAAGUGGUGUCCAACGUUACGGGCUGUCUGUCUAAUUGGUGAUGCUGAGACAAGGAAUACAUUUAUCAGAGACGUUAUGAUGCCAGGGGAGUGGGACGUAUGUGUAACGUCUUAUGAGAUGGUCAUCAAAGAAAAAUCUGUAUUCAAAAAAUUCAACUGGAGGUAUAUGGUGAUCGACGAGGCCCACAGGAUCAAGAAUGAGAAGUCGAAGCUGUCGGAGAUUCUUCGAGAAUUCAAAACAGCCAAUCGUUUAUUGCUGACUGGUACACCACUGCAGAAUAAUCUCCACGAGCUCUGGGCCCUUCUUAAUUUUCUCCUACCUGACGUCUUCAAUAGCUCUGACGACUUUGACUCCUGGUUCAACACCAACAGCUUCCUCGGGGAUAAUCAGCUCGUUGAGCGUUUGCAUGCAGUCCUGAGGCCCUUUUUACUGAGACGUUUGAAGGCCGAAGUAGAGAAGGGGCUGAAACCCAAGAAGGAGAUUAAAGUGUACAUUGGAUUGAGCAAAAUGCAGAGGGAGUGGUACACUAAAGUCCUCAUGAAAGACAUUGAUAUUGUCAAUGGUGCUGGUAAAAUCGAGAAGAUGAGGCUGCAGAAUAUCCUAAUGCAGCUGCGUAAGUGCUGUAAUCAUCCUUAUCUCUUUGAUGGAGCUGAACCAGGACCCCCUUACACCACUGACGAGCAUCUGGUUUACAACUGUGGUAAAAUGGUUAUUCUUGAUAAACUCCUGCCAAAACUCCAGCAGCAGGAGUCCAGGGUGUUGAUAUUCAGCCAGAUGACGAGGAUGUUGGACAUUCUGGAGGAUUACUGCCACUGGAGAAACUUCCAGUACUGUCGACUGGAUGGAAAUACAGCCCACGAGGAUCGUCAACGCCAGAUCAAUGAGUACAACGCUCCAAACAGUGAAAAAUUUAUUUUCAUGUUGUCAACUCGAGCUGGUGGUCUUGGAAUUAAUUUAGCAACAGCUGACGUCGUUAUUAUUUACGAUUCUGAUUGGAAUCCACAGAUGGAUCUUCAGGCUAUGGACAGAGCUCACAGGAUUGGACAGCAGAAACAAGUACGUGUUUUUAGAUUUAUUACAGAGAAUACUGUCGAGGAGAAAAUUGUUGAACGAGCUGAAGUCAAACUCCGGCUGGAUAAACUCGUGAUCCAGCAGGGGAGACUCGUUGAUGCCAAGCAGACAGCCCUUAACAAAGACGAGAUGCUGAAUAUGAUCAGACAUGGAGCCAAUGCAGUAUUUGCAUCGAAAGACAGUGCAAUAACUGACGAAGACAUUGACACAAUUUUGGAGAAGGGGGAGUUGAAGACCAAGGAAAUGAAGCAGAAGCUUGAGAGCUUGGGGGAGAGCUCUCUGAGGAAUUUCACAGUCGAUGCACCCACAGACUCGGUGUAUCAGUUCGAGGGAGAGGAUUAUCGUGAGAAGCAGAAGAUACUGGGUAUAGGGAAUUGGAUUGAACCACCAAAACGUGAGAGGAAAGCUAAUUACGCCGUUGAUGCGUAUUUUAGAGAGGCACUCAGGGUCUCUGAGCCAAAAGCUCCCAAAGCUCCAAGGCCACCAAAACAGCCCAUCGUUCAGGACUUUCAAUUCUUUCCACCGAGACUCUUCGAGCUUCUCGAUCAGGAAAUCUAUUAUUUCCGUCAAACUGUUGGUUACAAGGUGCCAAAAAAUCCUGAACUCGGGUCUGAGGCUGCACGAGUGCAGAAGGAGGAGCAGAGGAAAAUUGAUGAUGCUCAGCCACUCUCUGAUGAUGAGGUCACUGAAAAGGAAAAAUUACUUACACAGGGAUUUACAAAUUGGACAAAACGAGACUUCAAUCAGUUUAUAAAGGCAAAUGAGAAGUAUGGGAGGGACGAUAUUGAGAAUAUUGCCAAGGAGGUGGAGGGAAAAACUCCUGAGGAGGUGAUGGAGUACUCGGCUGUAUUCUGGGAGCGUUGCCAUGAGCUCCAGGACAUCGACAGAGUCAUGGCGCAGAUUGAGAGGGGAGAAGCGAAAAUUCAGAGACGUGCUGGAAUAAAAAAAGCACUUGAUGCCAAAAUGGCGAGAUACAGAGCACCAUUCCAUCAAUUGCGAAUAGCUUAUGGCACUAACAAAGGUAAAAAUUAUACUGAAGAGGAGGACAGAUUCCUAGUUUGUAUGCUCCAUAAACUGGGAUUCGACAAGGAGAAUGUUUACGAGGAGCUCAGAGCAACUGUCAGAUCUGCCCCACAAUUUAGAUUUGAUUGGUUCGUCAAAUCCAGAACUGCAUUGGAAUUACAACGAAGAUGCAAUACCCUGAUUACUCUCAUUGAGAGGGAGAAUCAGGAGUUGGAGGAGAGGGAGAGACAGGAGAGGAGGAAAAAGGGGGGAAAUGUUGGGACAAAACCGACUGGAAAGAGGAAGCAGGAGAAUUUACCAGCUCCACAGGACAAGCCGAGGAAAAAGAAGAAGUGAAAUCACCCAUUCGAUCGUUUACCUUUUUUUCUUAAUCUGUUCCUUAUGUCCCCUUCAUUAUGCACAGACUGGAAUUUUUCUACCAUUUUUACAUCAUCGGUUCGUUUCUCUCUCGAGAUUAGUAAAUGUAAUGUCCUUACAAAUCGAGGGAUUCAUCAUUUUUGUUAGGUAAUUUAAGUUGACGAUUGUGUGCGAGUAUUCAUCUCCAAUUCCUUAGAAAAUUCGUCAAAAUUUAAACAAUUAUAAUCGUCCCUUUCCAUAUUAUAAAAGGUAUUAAUAUUAUUUAUAACUGUCGGACUACACCGAUUUAAUAAAUUUCAACCGUGUUUAUUUGUAAUUUUACAAUG